AUGCAUCUAUCUAGUCAGUUCUCAAUUGGAAAUUUAAAAAAAACUUUAUUAAAGGAUGACAAUAAAGAAAUUAAAUAUACUUUCGAUAGUAUACUUAAAAUUAAUACCAAUUUAAUGUCAUUAUUAAUAGAAAACAUUUUAUUAAUAUCUGAACUUAAAAUGUCUAUAAAUAAUUAUUAAAAAUUCAAAAAUAUUAAUGUAAUUUAACCUUUUUAUGUGAAGAUUUAGAUUAUCCAAUUUAGUAUUUCACUCAAUUUAUUAAGUAUAGAUCAAAUUCAGAUGCUAAAAUAGAUUUAUAUGAUACAUUAAUUGACUGUUGUUUGGCAAUAAUAUAAACCUAAAUCAGAAGAAUUUAUUAAUAAUUUGAUUUCAAAAAACAAAAGAGUUAAAAAAUAUAUCAAUACAAAAUAAUCUGAUAAUAGAUAUGUCAAGUGA